CUACUGGUGGGAUUUCAACCAAACUUUACAGGAGUGAUCAUAACCAUCCUUAGUUGUACCGAUCGCCGGCAUGUUCCCCUUAACUGCACAACAUGGCUGCCAAAACUAAAAAUAGAAAAGUCUUGUCGGACAUUCACAGGUCAAACUACUGGUGGAAUUUCAGCCAAACUUCAAAGGGGUGAUCAGUACCGUCCUAAGUUGUGCACGUCGCCAGCACUUCCCCUUCUCUGCACAAAAUGAACGCCAGAGCUUAAAUAGACAAGAGAGCCAUGAUGACCCUAGAUCGCUCACCUGACCCAUCAAACUCAAUCGAACAAUCACCUAGACAAGCAUUCUGACCAAGUUUCAUGACAGAUAUCGGUAGUUUAUCAGGAUGGCACAUCAACUUCAGUUAGAGAAGGAAAACUACAGACAGUGGGUAAAGGCUGGUUUAGGACUAGGAUAUUUAAAAGAGGGACUCGUACCAUUCUGUAAUGACAUAGCUGACCAACAACAUAAGGAUAUCUUACAGAACAUAAGGUCUACAAAAGCAUUACCAUCAACUGUGACGUGUGGCAGCUGUCAAGUUGAUACUCUCAAGCCAGACCAUAAGCCAGUAGGUAAUGCUGGAUUCAAAGUUUGUCCUCUUGGGCAAGUAAGAUGCAGCUGCUGCUUUACUAAGGGCAAAAUUGCUUGUCCGAACAACAUAUGUGGCGCCAUCUAUGACUAUAUUGUGCAACAUCAUGCAUCUUCACCACCUGCUCCUCACUGGAAAAACAGCGAUGCUCAACAAUGGUCGGUAGACCCUUGGAGCAUUUGUCAGUGUUUUAUAAAUGCUCCAGGGUACGAGCAGAAGCAAUCUGCUAGUGAAACUGAUUGUACUGGGUUAUUACACCUAUUGAUAAAUAACCAGUAUUUUCAUAGCCACAUUGCAUGCGAUGUCACAGAAACAAACAACCUGUUUUCAAAGGUUCGUCAGUACAGGAAUGAUAUUUUUCACUCAAGCAGCUUGGAAUUAGAAGAAAGUGAGGCAAAUUCUUAUAUUGACGAUAUGAUAGGAGUUCUACAAGAUGGUAAGGAGCUAUUACAACGAUCAGAUGCACAGAUAGCAGUGAAGAAACUUCAAGAUCUCAAGAAGAAAGACUUCAUUAUAACUACUGAAGGGUUUGAAGAAAUUCUGAGACAAAUCAAGGAAGAAAUGGAAAAUGCUCCAACUAAAGAGGAAUAUGAAGAGCUCAAAGCACAGAUGUCCAAACUUAAAGAGGAGAUAAAAAGACUCCAAGUAGAAGAUUCUCCACAACAAAAGCAGCUAGAAUAUGAAAAGGCUAAAUCAGAAUCGCAAAAAAAGCUGAUAGAACAGUAUCACAAAACCCUGCUGCAGGUCCCUACAAUACCUUUACAACCAAAAAGUAAAAAAUGUAGCUUUAAUGAGAUUUAUAUUAGACCCACAAUUAUGAGGGAAAUAAAAGGAGAAAAGGAAGAGAUAAAGGAAGUAAAGGUUAAAACAAUGUCUGAAAUGUUCACAAAGAAUGGAUUCCCCCAAAAAUCUGUAUAUGUUCUAGGAGAUGCAGGGUCAGGAAAAAACUAGUUUUUGUAAAUAUCUGGUCAACUGUUGGUGUUUGGCACAUUUUGAGCAACAUGAAGCUGACAGUGAAAAUGAAAGGCAUGGGGGCGGAAAUGAAAAACAUGGAGGUGACAAUGAAGAACCUGGAGGUGAUAAUGAGGAACAUGUAUGUGAUAAUGAAGAACAUGGAGGUGAUAAUGAAAUUGAAGGUGAGAAUGAAAAUGAAGGUUACAACAAAAAUGAUGAGCAUGAGGGCAGAAAUGAAAAACAUGGAAAGGACAGUGAAGAAAAUGGAGGUGAUAAUAAAGAAGAUGGAGAUGACAAUAACAAACAUGAAAAUGAUAUAGAAAGUGAAGAUAGCAGUGGGAAAUAUGGAAAUGACGAUGAAAGUGAAGGUGGCAAUUACAAAAAUGGA